AUGGCCUGCAGGGCAGCAGCAGUGACUGGAAGCAGGCACAGUGGAAGUUUUAGUCAACAGAGUUACCCUUCAAAGGCCAGGAAGAGACUGGAACAGAAGCAGCAGGUCACUGAAGAAAGCCCCCAGUUUGAGAGCAGCCCUGACAGUGGUGAAGGGGGUAUCCCCCUUCGUAUGUGUGGAUAUGGUGAUAUGGUACCAAAAACCAUAGCAGGGAAGAUUUUCGGUUCCAUCUGUUCACUGAGUGGGGUCUUGGUCAUUGCUCUACCUGUUCCAGUGAUUGUAUCCAACUUCAGUCGUAUCUAUCACCAAAAUCAACGAGCAGACAAACGAAGAGCACAAAAAAAAGCUCGACUGGCCAGGAUCCGGGCAGCCAAAAGUGGAAGUGCAAAUGCUUAUAUGCAGAGCAAACGGAAUGGCUUACUCAGUAAUCAGCUGCAGUCCUCAGAGGACGAGCCGGCCUUUGUUAGCAAAUCCGGCUCCAGUUUUGAAACACAGCACCACCACCUGCUUCACUGCCUGGAAAAAACCACGAACCACGAGUUUGUGGAUGAACAAGUCUUUGAAGAAAGCUGCAUGGAAGUUGCCACCGUUAAUCGUCCUUCAAGUCACAGUCCCUCUCUCUCUUCACAAGGAGUCACCAGCACUUGCUGUUCACGACGACACAAAAAAACUUUCCGCAUCCCAAAUACCAACGUAUCAGGAAGCCAUCGAGGGAGUGUGCAAGAACUCAGCACGAUUCAGAUCAGAUGUGUGGAGAGAACACCUCUCUCUAACAGCCGAUCCAGUUUAAAUGCCAAAAUGGAAGAGUGUGUUAAACUAAACUGUGAACAACCUUAUGUGACUACAGCAAUAAUAAGCAUCCCAACUCCUCCAGUAACCACACCAGAAGGAGACGACAGGCCAGAAUCUCCUGAGUAUUCAGGAGGAAAUAUUGUCAGAGUGUCUGCUUUGUAAAACAAUUGGAAGAAGGUCUUAGAGAAUUUGAGCCCUGGCUGUGAAACGAAUUUCAAUGUAGAAGAAAGAAGAAACAAGAAACCUUGUGUAGGCUAAGGCAGCAAGGCAAGAACGUUGGUAGUGAAACAAACAAACAAAAAGCUUCCAAACUUGAGGAUGUGAAUAAAACCACCAAAUGGCAUUUCUAGACAGUUUGACCUGUUAUACAGAGGGAUAUUCUGUGACCCUUUGACUUUGUGAAUGAGCACAAUGAAAUGCCACCUAUUGAUGCUUCUUAUGAUCAGAACUCUUUUUUAAUAAAAAUAAAUAAAAUAAAUCUUUGAGCAUAACGUUCCAGUUGAGUGCAAAACAAAAAAAAAAAAAGAAAAACAUUUUGAUAAAUUUUUUCCUGUUAAAACCAUGAACAUUGGCUAUGAUGAAGAUUAUUACAUAUAAAAAAAAACUCACACAUUUGUAUUGACUGAAGGAAACCAUCAUAAUGCAUGCUAGAAUUCUUUGAAGCAGUGAUCUCAGUUCCCUAUGUUGUCUUCUGAAUAGGCAUGAUAAACUAUAAUUGUAGAAAGGGGGAAUUUCUGUGCACUUACAACAAGCUGAUUGUUCAUGUUUCAUGGUGGGCUGUGCAAAUAAACUCCUUUUAGAAUUUCAGUAUUUCUCAUGGGGAUGCUCAAUAGUAAAUCUAAAGUGUUCGGAUAGUUCAGUAUUAAUUAUCAUUUAAUCUUGCACCUAGAUACUGUUACAACUGCAAUAAUUCAUUGUACAACUGUUGUAUCAGGAGUCAAGAUUUUUUUGUUGUUGUACUUUCGAGAUCUUUAUAGAUAAAUAAAAGCCUUCUGGUGUGGCCAGGUUUUAGGUAACUUUUUAAUCCAAAACUAUUGUACCAUAAAUGUUUUUCAGUAAUAUUCUUUGGUCCACUGUAUUCCCGUGACACAGUGUGUUAUCUGUUCCUGUAUUUCUAUAGCACCUUUCUAUUGGGUUAAUCAUCAUUAACGGGACUAGCGUUUACUGUAGUUCAAAUGACUUUCCUACUUUUGUACACCCCAACAAAUUAUCUAGUAAGUAGAUUUUCAUCAAUCCCCUUGUCAAAAACUAGGAAAAAAAAGGAGUUGACACCUAUAAAUUCUCUCUGAUGUCCUUGUUGUUUAUGGAAAAGCCCAGGUAGUGGAUUUAUCACUAUGCGUUUCAGGAAAAGAGUUGACUGGGACUAAUAACACAGGAUCAGUGAUCUCAGAGUCUUACUUGAUGUGUUAUUUAUUUUGCUUUAGAUCUUGAAUACAUUUUGAGAAUAACUAAUGUGAAUUGAAAUGUAGAAAUAAACUGGAGUACUUUAUGUAGCAAUAUUUGGUGAAAGCAUGCUUUCCACACCAUUCAGGAAGGCAGCAGAAAUUGAUCUCCGAAAGUUUCCUGUAUAUUGCAAGGUGCAAUUUUCUCCACUGAUUUAGGAGGACAGGAGCUUGAUAAUGCGAAGUUGAUCUCUAUGUACAUUUAAGUGAAAAGUCUUUAUGUCUUUUCACCCUUAAAAUAUAUCAGCAGACAUGUCUGCACGUGACAGUGUAAAAAAAGUUUAAUGUCAAAUGCAAAGUUUGUAUUCAUUCCAAGCCACCACUGUAAGGAAUAAAGCUUAGCUUCUAUACAUGGAAAGAGUUAAUAAUUAGCCCUCUAUUAUAGAUAAUUUUAAGUGCUUAUCAUAAUUUAUAAUAAAAGGGAUUAAUCCAAUCAUUGUCAAAUAAAGUCAGAAAUUCUUGCUUCCCGUUUCUAGAAUAGCUUCUAGAGCAGUGCUGUGCACACAGUAGAUCUUAAUAAACAUUUGCUGAGUGAAAGUAAGAUAAACUCAACUAUCUCUUGGGAAGAACUGACUUUAUUCCUAGUGUGUCUAAUCUUACUAAUCUUCCAGCAGUGCAAAUAUUAACAAUUAUAACACCUGCCUUAUGUCACUUUAUGCUUCUAGAGCAAAUGUCUAGUGAAACUUCUUUGAUGGCAUUUAUUGAAAACUUUUUAAAAAGUAGACUAAAGAAACCACAAUCAGGAAUACUUACAUCUUUUGAUUCCCAAUGAGAAGUUCUAUUUUCAUGUUCUUAAUAUUAUACAAAAGAAAACGCAGUUAGGUUAUUGCAAUUGAAAAUUCUGCCUCCUCUUUUGAUUUACCACUUAACCAAGACUAUUAAUUUCCUUAGAUUUUGGGAAAAGAAAAAAACUUUUUGAUGUUUUAGGUAAUUUUAAAAUAUACUGUGUUGGUGGUGAAUGACUAUUGAUGACUGUGUUAAGUGCAUCUGUAUUGUAAGUGAAAUGUAAUUAUUUCUGUGUACCAUAUGGAGUAACUAAGGUCAUCGUUUUUUGACAAUUUUGUUUGAAAUUUAUAUAUCUUAUUUCAAAGGAUAGCAUAAUAUCUGCAUUAUGCUGGAAAAAAAUAGACCUUUGGAGAAUACUUAAAUAAAACAUGUGCAUGCUUGAACAGGA